CCCGAAGAUCUGACUCCUACGCCUAACAUUCAUAAAGGAGCUCAGUUUGUGACUUCUGCAACAUUGACGGUAAUGUUCAAAUGCUACUUUCACCUCAAAAAAGGAUUCCCUUAUCAUUGUCAAAAUCGGAAUAUCUUCCUUGUGAAGAGAGUAUCAAUUUCAACAAAGCAUUGAUUCAGGUUUGCGCUUUGAUUACUUCACCGUCAUACUCCUCACCACUCAACAAGCCUACUAAGGCGAAACUUUGCGCGAUGUUUCAGCUUCUUACCCCGACUAUCGUAUCCAUGCUGUUAUGCUCUACAGCGUUGGCCUCUGGACCACUUGCGACAGGGGGAGGUAUUCACCUCAUAUCAAAUUUCUCUCCGCCGCCAUCUGGAGGUGCAGACAAGGUUCAUACCAUCAUAAUGCUGGGCGACUUUUCCGACUAUAACAUCAUUCCUGAUGCGGAUGCAAAACAUGUACGUUCUUCAGCAACAUGUAGAGAGAUAAAAGUAAAACACAAAGCUUUUGCAAGCUCCCCGUGCGCAACGUCCGUUAAGGAUCACGAUCAACUCUUUACAAUCACUUGUAACCAUGCGAACGAUACACAUGCAGAUAUUCAAUUCUUGCAAUCGGGUGAAAUUACGAUCAGUGCAACCGGAAAGGUAUACGGUGGCUUCUCAAACGAAUCAAAGCAUCUUCAUCGUAUUGGAGGCCCAGAUAAGCCGCUCAAAGCUAAAGGUGAUGAUAUUGGCGUUAUUAUCAAUUGCAGAGAUAAUAAAAGAAGCUCUCCAUAGACAUUCUCAUAAGAUCUUCACAAUUUUAUCAGAGUUGGCUGAACUGAAUAACCUGCUUCCGAGUGUUGGAGAAAGUGUUAGUGUAUAGCGGGGUUCGCGGUAGCGGAAC